UAGUUUUUCUGCUAUUUUACGUUUGCCAUUUCUGCUUUACUAUCGUUCUUCCUGUAAUUAACGCAGUUAAAUAAUUUUUAGUCCAUAUUUAUGGAAGCAGGAGUAGCUGUUUCAAUAGCUUUAGUUGCUUCAAAUGCGACACACGUCCAAAAUUAUAAUACACGCAGCAACAACAAAGAAGUGGACUAAUUAGUUGAUUAACUCCAACGCUUUGUUAAGUGCAUUUCAUUGGCAGAACGAGCAAGUUGUACGUACGUUGCCAUUCCGUAGUUGCAGUUCAAAGUGUUGGUGCUAUUUUCUUUUUGUUUAUCCCGCUGGAGUGCAAUCGGAAUAGAAAUAGAGUAAUAAGCUACGAAUCGAAUAAAAUAACACAUAUCUUUUCAAUUAAAAAAUUUUGCAUUUAUUCAAAGCGAUAAAUUGUGAACGAUACACUGCGAUUUACCUAAAUACAUCUUUACAAACAAAUAGUAUAUUGAUAUACAAUAACAUAAUACUAAAAACCACAACGACGUGAGAAUGUCUACUAACAAAGAUAGCCCUAGUCGUGACUCCAUGACAUCCACCUCGGCACCUAUAUCUUUACUCGCGGAUGGAGAUUCCCUAACCCGUGAUUAUAGUUUAGGCAGCCUUACAUCGGCUGUAAGUCAAGAUGAAUAUUUCCGUAGUCGUGAUCAUGCGGAAUGUGUAUUAAAACGUUUGCAGUUAUACUUGGAUAAUCAUCAACUCUGCGAUGUGGUAUUAAUUGCGGGCAUCGACGGCAAGAGAGUGCCUGCACAUCGUGUGGUCUUGUCGGCAUCGAGCGCAUAUUUUGCCGCCAUGUUCACCGGUUCAUUGCGUGAGACCAAAGAGCAGGAAGUCACGCUUGGCGAGGUGCAUGGCGAUGCUCUACAAAUAUUAAUACAAUACUGUUAUACGGGCUAUAUAGAGUUGCGUGAAGAUACUGUUGAAACCCUAUUGGCUACUGCCUGUCUGCUACAGUUAAAUGCUGUGGUAACUGCCUGUUGUAAUUUCCUAGCACGUCAGCUGCAUCCAUCAAACUGCCUUGGUUUUGCCUUCUUCGCGGAACGACAAAGCUGCACAACUCUAUUGCGCUUAGCUAAAUCCUACACAUGUCAGCAUUUUAUGCAGGUAUGCAAAAAUCAAGAAUUCUUGCAACUCGACUCCGAACAGUUGGGCAAACUAAUCUCAAGCGAUGAUCUCAAUGUGCCCACCGAGGAGGAGGUAGUACACAGUCUUAAGAUGUGGGUACAACACGAUCCAGCCAGUCGGGAGAAGCACAUUCCUGAGCUAUUGGCAUUGGUGCGUUUGCCAUUGCUGAAGCCUUCAUUCAUAAUGGAUCACGUUGAGACACUUUGCAGUUCAAAUGAGUGUCAGCAGUUAGUUAUGGAAGCGUUGAAAUGGCAUUUAUUACCUGAGCGACGAAAUUUGCUGGCUUUAAUUGCCUCGGAACGCACAAAACCACGUAAAUCCACAGUGGGUCGCUUGCUAGCGGUGGGUGGUAUGGAUGCACAUAAGGGCGCCAUAAGUAUUGAGAGCUAUUGCCCGUAUGGGGAUAAGUGGUCUGUGUGGAAGAAUAUGUCUGCACGGCGACUACAGUUCGGUGUUGCCGUAAUGGACGAUAAAUUGGUGUUAGUGGGCGGUCGUGAUGGCUUAAAAACGCUCAAUACAGUAGAGAGUUUAGACUUGAAUACGAUGGCUUGGACCUUGUUGAAUCCAAUGGGUACUCAUCGUCAUGGCUUGGGAGUUGCGGUGUUGGAGGGACCACUCUAUGCGGUUGGUGGGCAUGAUGGCUGGAGUUAUUUGUCCACAGUUGAACGCUGGGAUCCCAAUACACGCACUUGGAGCUAUGUGGCAUCCAUGUCCUCCAUGCGUUCCACCGCUGGUGUUGCAGUACUCGGUGGACGUUUAUAUGUGGUUGGCGGUCGUGAUGGUUCGGUUUGUCAUCGCUCGAUCGAAUGUUAUGAUCCGCACACAAAUAAGUGGUCUAUGCGUGCUCCCAUGAACAAGCGACGUGGUGGCGUAGGUGUCGCUGUUGCAAAUGGCUUCCUAUAUGCGUUGGGCGGUCACGAUUGUCCCGCCAGCAAUCCAUCCGUUUGUCGUACCGAUACUGUGGAGCGUUAUGAUCCUGCAACAGAUUCCUGGACUUUAAUCUGUUCACUAAAUACUGGACGCGAUGCCAUCGGCUGUGCAUUGCUUGGUGAUCGUCUUAUGGCAAUUGGUGGUUAUGAUGGCAACCAUUAUUUGAAAACGGUGGAGGUGUACAAUGCAGAGACAAAUGAAUGGACACAAGCUGCACCGUUAACAUAUAGUCGUGCCGGUGCAUGCGUUGUAGCAAUACCGAAUAUUAUACCGCCUACACCACCACUACCCAGUGCAACAAAGAAAUGGAAACCGGUCAGAUUGAAUCCGAUGUGUUACAGACGCACCGUUGAAUUUGUCGAUUAUUACAACCUUUAAGCAACUAAAUACAGCAUAAUACAUACAUACAGAAAUUUUUUAAACAUAUUUUUUUACCAUACAAGUAUUUAGAUUUAAGAGAAACAAACAAAAUCAAAAUAUUUUACAAUUGUAAUGGAUUUUAACCAUGUUGGAUACAUGGACUUUUACUUUACAUAUGCAUAUUCACACAUACAUAUAAUACAUACAUUUUUUAUAUA